AAUAUCGUCCCUAUAGACAACCUAACGCUCCCACCUGCCAGCAUUCGCCCGCAGGCCGCCUUGCGGUGUGGACGCGUCGCAGCGCGCGCGAGUGUUCCGAUCGUGAACGGUGUUUGUUUUAUGGUGUACAAGAUUUCACUUUACGCAGAUGGAAUACGUAAUUCGCAAAUGAAGGAUGACCGCGGCAGCGUCAGCGUCAUGUAACUCAGUAAUAUGAAUCUUACUAACUACGUCGUGUACAUCAUCGGCCUGUUUUGGCUAACACUGACUGAUGCGAAAAUUGGGUACUUCUGGCACAUCACAGAUCUCCAUUAUGACCCGUUCCACAACUCCCUGGAGCUGCAUAGAGGAUGUAGACAUCGAGGCAGCAUGGAACACAACCACCGUAACGAGAGGCACAGAGACCACUCCUGCGAUAGUUCCUGGAACCUGAUACAGAGCGCGGCCGCGCUGAUGGCGGCACGGCAUCCCGACACCUUGGAGUUUGUUCUGUGGACUGGUGACAUACUCUCAUCAUCCAUGGAGCAUCUAAAAGAGGAAUACAAACUAGAGGCGGUCCGGAACGUGACAGAUAUCCUGAGUCGCACGUUCAGCAGCCAGUUCGUCUUCCCAGCGCUGGGCCACAACGACCCCCCGCCAUCGAGGAAGCUGGUGGAUAUGUGGAUGCAGUGGCUGCCCACUGAAGCGUUACAGACCUUUGAGACUGGUGGCUAUUACACAAUAGAGCAGUCGCACAGUAAGCUGCGGAUUGUGGUGCUAAACAGCGUGCUAUGGGCUGGCGGGGCCGCUCGAACCGACGGCCCGCACCGGGGCAGAGCGCAGUGGGAAUGGUUAGAGCAAGUGCUUAGCAAGGCUAGGAGGAAAAGUGAGAUGGUGUAUAUAGUAGCACACGCGGGCCCGGGCGUGGAAGAACGUCACGGCGCUGGCAGCGCCUCAGCGGCUGGCGGCGGCGAGUUGACCCCUCAAGCGAACGCCAGGCUCAUACACCUCAUCAGGGCUUUCAGUGACGUCAUUGUGGGACAGUUCUAUGGCCAUAGACAUACGGAUACCUUCAGACUUGUGUAUAGUGAAGGUCGGCCAGUGUCCUGGGCGUUCCUCGCGCCGUCUGUGACCCCGAGGGGCGCCGGCAGCAUAUCCAAUCCGGGCUUAAGACUGUACAAGUUUGAUUCCAACAACGGAAAGGUGUUAGACUACACCCAGUAUUACCUGGACGUGACGACCAACCGCGGCGAGCACCACUGGGCUAUCGAGUACAACUUGACCCAGUACUACGGUCUGCGGGAAGUCAGCGCGACAUCGUUGGACGCGUUGGCUGAUCGUAUCAGGAAUUAUCAUGACCGGACGAUAUUUAACAAGUACAUAAACGCAUUACGAGUCCGCCACGCGCCAGAUUUCGACUGCGACACAGCGUGCGUACACGUCCACUACUGCGCGAUCACCCGCGCAGAAUACCAGGAGUUUCGCGCAUGCGUCCGCAACCCUGCCUCGGCGCUAGCGUCGCGCGCGCCUAGCAACUCCGCAGCCAUCUUGCUGUACGCCAUUUUGAUUUUGAUCUCGUCGUAGAAUCUGACAGUACAUUAUCAUCACCGUAAUUUUGCGUUAAGUGAUUUUUGUGCGUUUGUAUGGCGAUCUUGACUUGCAGUUGCUCUGAAAUAAAAAAAGUUUUGUAGUAAAUGGGUUAUUGGAUAUAUAUCUGACAGCCGGGACACUUUCUGAUAUUUUACUGCUAAGAGUGACAGAGAUAUUAUAAACUGUCUCUGUCAGCUCAAAAUUUUCGGCGACAGGAUAUCGAAUAUUUGUCAGGUACGCUAAAAGUCGUACCAUACAAUUCUCAGUAAAUGUCAACUAGUUAUGUUCAAACGUAAAAUCUGCGUAAAAACGUAAAAUUGAAAUAAAAAAAGCUUUAUUGAACUGCAAGCCUCUAUAUUGUUUAAGGCAUUGACGUAUUAUAUCUAAGGACUGGCCUUGCGGGCAAUAAGAAUGGGGCAAGAAUGAGGCCAGUACAGGCGGCAGUUGGUCGCAUCGCAACUAGUUGCGUAAGACUGCACGAUUGGCUCGAAUUCGCGAGUGACACUGCUGAACUAGUACCAUUUUUAUUGCUCGUAAGGCCCGUCUUUAGAUAUAAUACAUCAAUGGGUUAAGGGCGAAUCUUAAAUGUGAAUUACUUACUGACUUUUUUUUGUAAAAAGUGUAUCAAAGACAACUGUAAUGUUUGCCAAGUUCGUAUUAUUUACAGUAAACUAAAGUUUUCCUUCCCGUAAUUUUCGUCUAUCUUGUGUGGGUUAUGAAUGUUAUGGUGUUACGAAUGUAAAUUUGAAAAAUGGUCGGAUUACGAAACUUCAAUCUUUUGAUAAGCGACAGUAUAUCAAAAGAGAAAAUAUAUAUGUACCUAUAUUUUAAUUAUUAUUCUUAUUCUUAAUUGUUUUUAUGUUUUCCAUAAUAAUUAAAGCUAUUUCAUUUAACGACUAAAGGAAAAAGUGAAAUCUAAUAACGGUUAACGUAAUUACCGUUUAUUUAUUCAGUAAUUACAUUUAAAACUGUGUCAUGACCAUUUUAUUUAGGUUAAAACAUCUAUGGUACUCCGAACUUCCUUAUAAAAAUAUGACAUUUUCAUUUUUGUAUUAGGGACUGACUCAUAUUAAUAUUAAUAUUGUAAAAAAACAUGCGAGUAUUAUCAUGAAGAAAAAUCUAAUAUUUACCAAACAUUGACUAACGUCUAACUUGUUACCUAUUGUUAUUAGUUAUUAAUGGAAAACUACUAGAUUUCUUUCAUACAAAGAGUACAAUUUGUUAUGUAUAAGGUAGUGAUCCCUACUUACCAAUAUUAUAUUCAAAUAUGUAUAAAAUAUUUUCGGUAUCACUUCGAUCUACAUACAUUAUGAGCUACCUAUAAUUUAUGUAUGACAAUUUCUCACGGAAAUGUGAAAAUGACCUUCCAAUCGAUCUGUGGCGGGUAAAUUUGAAAUCAAAAUUACCAGUAUAUUUUCGUACCUACGUGCUAAAUAGGUAUCAUCUUACCUAUGCAUUACCUUUGAGUGUUGAAUUCAAUUGGUCUACACACAUCAAAGGAUAUUUUAACAGUGCCAUUCAUCUGAUCAUAGUUUAUGUUUAAAUUAUUUAGGAAUUUAAUAUUACCUAUUUAUUGUAGUUAGUAUGCGUAAAUAAAUAAAACUACUUAUUUUCCUAACUAUGCUGAUGACUGGGAUGAGAUGGUUCCAAAGAUCAAAGAGAAUUUGAAAUAGAGGCGGAUUGUCAAAGUAAAUUAUGUAGCCCCAGUAAAUUUACUGCCAUCUUUCGACAGAAGAUUACAACUGUUAGAACGCCAUUUGAAUUUGAUUCGUAUUCUUUCACGAUAUGUGUUAAUUUGUUUAAUAUUGAAAUUAACGCCAUCUACUCGACAGUAGGCCAGAGGUAUGGUGCAAUCUUUUCGUGCGAUGGCGCCAUACCUUCGGCCUACUGUCGAGUAGAUGGCGUUAAUUGCAGACAGCAGUAUUAAACAAAUUAACACAUAUCGGUGAAAGUCAAAUGGCGUUCUAACAGUUUUAAUCUUCUGUCGAAAGACGGCAGUAGAUGUACUGUGGCUACAUAAUUUACCAUGACAGUAACUCUCUAUACACUUUAUUCUCUUUAUAAAGAUGUAAAAAUUGUAAAUAGUUUUAAAAGCUUUAGUUUUGAUAGUACAUGCAUUAUAAGAGCACGUUUACAUUGGGCUGGUCGAUCUUUGGGGCAUCAGUCUUUAACUAUCUUAACUUGGGUUGGGGUUAGAUUGAAUGAUCUUUUCAUGAGGGGUAAAAUGAAAAGCCGUAUAACGAAAUAUUACGGGCGGCUUUUUCAUACCCCUCGUGAAAAAACCCUCCAAUCUUACCCCAACUCACCUUAACUAAAACUUUUAAGUCGGCCACACUUUUCCGUAAGAUAAACUUACUAGUGCUCGACAUGCUAAUGCCCUAUAGAUGACAACUUGCUGUCACCUCUAUUGACAAGGACUUAAGUUCCAUGAUGACAUAUACUGGGACCGCAUCGAGCACCAGUAUGUUUACCUUAUGCCAUACGGACCGUAAGGUGCCGUAAGUAUUAUAUUAUAAAAUAAAUGUCAGUAAUCGGACCGAUGUAAACGUGGCAUAAUUACAUUAUAUUCAUUGAUGUCACUAGUCAUUGUUUAAAAUAAUGAUUCUCGUCGCUAUUUGAUUGUGAUAUAUAGAAAAUUUUGUAUAAAGGGAUAAGCGAAAAUCAGUGUAAGUAAAUAAAUCAAUAUAAUUAUGGAA